CAUCUUUUGCCCUCCGUCUUCACACAACCUCAUCAGCAAUUGAACGGAGAAUUUAUUCGCCAUCAGGCCAUCCUCUUACCACUGCUUCACUCUUAUUGCUAUCAUCUAUUGUUGCAGAUAUAAAAAGGUCCUCAUUGACGCACUCAAACGACCUCCACCUCCCCUCAAUCUCCACAAACUCACUUGUCGACCCUCCGUCACCAUCGUCGUCAUCGUAAAGAGGUGGUUGCUGAGUAGUGGUAGUGGGCUCUCGCGAAUUGGAUCGCUGAGUUUCACACAAAUCGGGACUGGAGGAAAAGAAAUUCUCUCAUACAAAUCCUCACAAGCGGACACGCGCACUUUUCUCCCAGGUCUUGCUCUCUCCCACUCCCUGAACUGCCCUACCAAAACUGCCGACUACGCCUGCGUCCUGACCCUCACAAGUCCCGAGAACACCAUCCCAGCAGUCAGCCAGGACACCUACUGGACGACUCUCCCUCACUACCGCUUUCGUUUGCCUAUCCUGUUCCCGAGACCUGGCGCAAUCCCAGACCAGGUCCUUGAACUUGCAUCUGCACGCACGCACGGUCCUGCAUUGGUCAGCAGCUGCUAGGCAGGCCAAUCCGCUGCGUUGCCCGCACUGGCCCCCUGGCUCGCAGGCCUGGCUGUCACAGCCACCGUCCAAAACCCACUCCAACUGCUCGUUCCGUCUUGCCGGUGAGCACUGAGGGCAGCAUCACACAACUGGCAAAAGUUUGGCUCACGAAAAGCCAAGGGUCAAGGGCCAAGGGCCACGGUCCAAGGUCCUGAUUCACCGUGCUUGACAGAUCGUGAAAUCUCCCUGCCUGCGCAUGCACACGAUCAGCCGCCCCAAAAGUCCUCCUCAUCACUUAAGGCCUCAGCAAGCCGUCAAAUCGCCCUCGGUCGCCCUCAACUGCUGCGCAAUUUCUAGCCCCUCCUAGGCUUCCUUUUUUUUUUCACGUUGGCAGCAAGCACGCACCUUAUUCCGUCCUCGCCACCACACAUAUUUAUCAUUCUUACCAAUAUCCAACCUCAUCCGGGAAACACAAACAACAAGUGCCAAAAAGAACGAACGCUUCGAGAAUCAUCCUUGCGAUUUUAUAACCAAGUUCUCGUUACACGAACUGCAGUCGCGUACCACGAUACCCUUAUCUACCGCCACUAAACAUCGAGAGAUAGGGCGUCCGGCCCUAAACAACUCUCCCCCCACCCCCUCUUGUACGCCUUCCUCGCGCAGACACCAUUCACAUGAAUCACGCACCAUCGCCAGUUCAUUUCGCUACGCAACACUCCCCUACCAGUACGCUCGUUCAGUCCCCCGUGUUACACGACGAUGCAUCGACGCAUUCGAUAACACGACCGGCGGAGGAUACGGCACACCUCCAGGUUCCGGUAGCCAACGGCGGUGCCGCGCCCACCCCUAGCCCCUCGAAUCUGUCCCCCACGACGUCAAAUUCGGGCGCAGCUGCGCCUAAGGAGCCUGCAAAGAAGGGCAAAAUGACGCACCGUCUGACCCGAAUGUUUUCUCGGUCCGACCCCAGAGACGUCGAGGCCGCCAAAGCUGCAGUUGAAAUAAAGGAAACCUCUCCCGACGCCCGUCUUGAAAACGGCACCCCUCCCAACGGCCGACCUCCUCCUGGCAGACAAGGGUCGAAUGACGAGAAGAACGCCCGCAAGAUGACUAUCCUCGGUACCGCGAAAGAGAAGACCAAGGGUGAACCGCCGUCGGAUUCCUCCCAUGCCCUGCAUAAACGGUUCGAGAUCCACGAUGACGGCACUCAUGCACACUUUCUCAAGUCCGCCAAACGACAGGAGAAAUUGUCCGACAUGCUCCGCGACAUGCUCGGCGGUGGCAAGAAAAAGGAUCAGGAUGGCGCUGGCGAUCAGCAGCUGACGCUGAUGUCUUCCUGGGUCGACCAACUCAGAUCGGAGAAGGACAGCCUUGCUUCUGACAAGAAGGGCGGCCCCAACGCCACGGCCAACUUGGUUGAGAAGUAUGGCAAAUGCCAGGAAAUUGUCGGCCGCGGUGCUUUCGGCAUUGUGAGAAUAUCCCACAAACCCGACCCUAAUAGCGUCGGAGGAGAGUUGCUCUACGCCGUCAAGGAGUUCCGCCGUCGUCCGCAAGAGACGGCCAAGAAGUAUCAGAAACGCCUGACCAGCGAAUUUUGCAUCUCAUCGUCGCUUCGCCAUCCCAAUAUCAUCCACACGCUUGAUCUCCUGCAAGAUGCCAAAGGUGACUAUUGCGAAGUCAUGGAAUACUGCGCCGGUGGGGAUCUCUACACCCUGAUUCUGGCCGCGGGCACUUUGCAAGUUCCUGAAGCAGACUGCUUCUUCAAGCAGCUGAUGCGGGGUGUCGAGUACAUGCAUGAGAUGGGCGUGGCUCACCGCGAUCUGAAACCCGAGAAUCUUCUCUUGACCACCCACGGCGCCCUCAAAAUCACCGACUUUGGGAACGGCGAGUGUUUCCGCAUGGCCUGGGAGAAGGAAGCCCACAUGACGGCCGGACUGUGCGGCAGUGCCCCGUACAUUGCCCCAGAAGAAUAUAGCGGUGGCGAAUUUGAUCCUCGCGCUGUGGACGUUUGGGCCUGCGGUGUCAUCUACAUGGCCAUGCGGACUGGUCGGCAUCUCUGGCGAGUGGCCCGCAAGGAAGAGGACGAAUUCUAUCAGCGAUAUCUCGAGGGACGGAAAGAUGAAGAGGGGUACGCCCCUAUCGAGACUUUGCACAGGGCUCGUUGCAGAAACGUCAUCUAUUCGAUCCUCGACCCAAAUCCUGGCCGCCGCAUCACCGCUUCUCAAGUUCUCAAAUCCGAAUGGGGCCGAGAGAUCAAGGUGUGCAAGGCAGGCGAGGAAGGCUUCUGAUCUUCCCCCUUUCCCGUUUUCCGGCAUGAUGAUGCUUUCGCGAGGCGCUUCUGCGUCCAGCGUGCAUCGACAUGAGCUAUUCCCCCUCUCGUGAUUCAGGCACGAGCAUGACCCUGACGAAGUGAUGAUUGAAGCAUUUUUCCGUGAGCAAAAGACCAGCGUCUUGAUCGGGUUCUGUUUGGGCCUUAUUUCCAGCUUCCAGGUUACGACAAUGCGCAGAAGAAAGAUUUGGGAGGAUAGCGAUUGGUCAACCAUUGGUUCAUUUGGAUAGCAAAGAAGGGCAAAAAGAAGGCAUUCUAAUUGUUUCGCUCCAUUGCGGAUGUGUUUUGACGACUGCCCACCAGCUCUGGCCACCGGGGCGCCAGGAAAUCCCCGAAAAGCGAGCCGACUCUGUAACAACAACCAGCGGUGGUCUACCUAGCAUACCAGUCUGUUUGCCAGCGCGAGGCCCAGCACGGUCACCCAGCCUUGUGCCGCCCUUGGAUCUAUAUAUAUUCCUGCUUCAAGGCCUGGGCAACUCCGACCGAUACACUGUACCACAACCUAGGGGAUGCUGUUUUGAUAAAAUUCGGUCAUUUUUCUUGAUAUUCGACCACUGAAGGAGAUUUCUAUGUUUUCGGAGCAAGAUGCAAUCAAGCAAGAUUUGACACUGAGGGCUUGGUGUUGCCUGCGUGCCGUGGCGUGCUACGACCAACUCUGAAGGCUCUCCCGUGAGCAGCCCAGUGCGACGAUGGGAUCCAGCAUUGAUGCAUCCCUAUGCCGCCAAAGAGACUGGGAUCUUGUUGUUCCCUCGUCUCAGCCCGGCGCCUAGCAUGGCAUGGAUUGAUCUUCGUUUGUCCCCCCCCUUGACCCGCGUAGUACCUGCAUAGCCUGCAGCCACCCAGGAUGAACUCAGACUGUAUGACCAUGGCGGCACCUGGUUACUAAGGUUGCUUGAUCAGAAUUGCUGGAUUGAGGAUUGAUCCGGGCCUUCCAUCCAACAAUCCAUGCAUUUGUUCACCAGAGGUCCAGAGGUCAGGGGUAAUGGCCCGCUAGAGAUGCUCUCGUCUAAGCCUACAUGGAAGUUCCCUCCCCUCACCUGCCCUUCUCAUCCAAGACUGGAAGGGCGCGAUCCUUCAGACGUCAUUGUACGUGUCGUUAGAAGUGACCGGGAUCAAAGUCGGGUUCCCGAUCAGCACUGUGCAUGAGUGAGGGUGUGUGUCUUUAACUGACCACGAGACCACGCUCCCUCGCUCGCUACAUACCGGUACAUCAUUUGGGGAGCUUGAUACUUAGAAGACGGAUCCUUCUUACCUACCCAGCUAGGUAGGUAGGUAGGUAUAUUAUAUCAUACUCACUUAGUAAC